UGUAACGUAUAAGUGCUGUCUAAAACUUUAACGAAUAUCGUUUGAUAUUUUAUGAACUUUGACGGAUUUUUAUAUAUUUUCUACAUAAUUUGUGUCGUAAAAUUGGUGCACGCAUUAUUUGAUAAGUGUUUUCGAAAUAGUGCCUCGAGAUGACGUCAGAAAAAGGAGGCAGGAAAGAAAAGAAUCAGAACAUUCAAGUGUUUGUUCGUUUGAGACCUCUAAACCAGCGAGAGAGAGAUAUCAGAUCUCUUGGUGUGGUGGAAGUUGUCAAUGGCCGGGAAGUGGUGGUCCGUCAGUCGCAGCAGACUGCUCACACCAAGAGGUUCACCUUUGACAGAGCUUUUGGUCCUAAUACUAAACAGGUUGAAGUAUACCAAGAGGUAGUGAGUCCUCUGAUAGAGGAGGUGCUGGCAGGGUACAACUGUACCGUAUUUGCCUACGGUCAGACCGGCACUGGCAAGACUCAUACUAUGGUCGGUGAGAACACCGGCAAUGAGACAACUUGGCAAGAUGAUCCCCUGGCUGGCAUCAUUCCUCGUGCACUCAGCCAGCUAUUUGACGAGCUCCGACUUACUAAUACGGAGUACACUGUCCGUGUCUCAUAUCUAGAGUUAUACAAUGAAGAGUUAUUUGACUUACUCUCCACAUCUGAAGAUAACUCCAAAUUGAGGAUCUACGAAGAUGUUACGAGGAAAGGAUCAAAUAUUGUUAAUGGCUUGGAGGAGAUUACGGUGUAUAAUAAAAAUGAAGUAUAUAAAAUAAUGGCGCAAGGACAAGAACGUAAGAGAGUCGCCUCCACACUAAUGAAUGCACAGUCAAGUCGUUCUCACACGGUGUUCACGAUCGUGAUCCACAUGAAGGAGAACAGCCCCGAGGGUGAGGAGCUGGUGAAGAUCGGCAAACUGAACCUGGUGGACCUCGCGGGCUCAGAGAACAUCAGCAAGGCGGGCUCCGACAACCCCGCCAAGCGGGAGCGCGCCCGCGAGUGUGUCAACAUCAACCAGUCUCUGCUCACCCUCGGCCGCGUCAUCACCGCCCUCGUCGAGCGACAUCCCCACAUCCCCUACAGGGAAUCAAAAUUAACCCGCAUCCUACAAGAGUCAUUAGGUGGUCGUACAAAGACGUCCAUCAUCGCGACCGUAUCCCCGGGUCACAAGGACCUGGAGGAGACGAUGAGCACGCUGGAGUACGCCAACCGCGCCAAGAAUAUACAGAACAAGCCCGAGAUCAAUCAGAAGAUGACCAAGAAAGCCAUACUCAAAGAGUACGCGGAGGAAAUCGACAGGCUCAAGAGAGAUUUACAGGCUGCUAGAGAUAAAAAUGGUGUAUACCUCGCCAAUGAGACAUUCACGGAGAUAAUGUUGAAACAAGAGGAGCAGCGGAAAGACAUACAAGAACUCCUACUUAGGAAGAGAUCGGUGGAAGAAGAGAGGGAGAGAAUAGAGUCCAUGUUCAACAGUCAGGGUCAGGAGCUGCAGCGUCAGCAGAUGGAGCUCAACAUGACUAAGAAUAUAUUGAACAGUACUAAAGAUAAACUUGAUGAAACUAAAAAUAUGCUGCACAGUACUCAGCAGGAGGUGGAGGAGCAGAAGCACCUGGUGUCAUGUCACCAGCGCACAGAGAGCGGGCUGAGUGCGCGCGCAGCUGACAUCCUCGCGGUCGCUGACAUGGUCACCACACAUCUACACUGUCUACAUGAUAACGUUGAUAAACGCAAAUUUGUGGAACAAAGUAACUUGGAGUUGCGUAGCGCGUACUUGAACGCGGCGACUCAUGUUCGCGGACAAAUGUCGCGUGCUGCGGAUACGCUAAUCGCACGACUCGCAGACACCUUCGCAGAUAUGCAACACGCUCUACAGAGUCACACUGCGGAGAGCUUGCAGUCUUGUGCAGACAACAGGACGAGGUUGCAGCAGCUGAUCUCACAAGCAACUGAAACUAUGAACAAGAUGUCAGCAGUGCAGAGUGAGCUGAGUGCAGAGUUAGACAGCAGCAGCAGUGAGCAGCAGCGCGAGGUGCGCGAGGUGCUGCAGACACACGCUGGUCUGCUGCAGGCCACGCUGCAGAGAGCUGCUGGCACAGCUACUGGCGCACUGCUCACUGCUGCACAUCUUGACCUGCAAACACCGCUGGCUACGUAUCUGAACCAAUGGUACACGAGCAUGUGCGCGAGCUUGUCCGCACUGCGCAGUGGGCAGACGCAGUUCGCGCAGUGUGUGCAGGGAGGUGCGCAGACGCAGGUGACGUCAGCUCGCCGCCAGCGCGCCGCACGACGUGAGCACGCAGACCGCACUAACGCUGCUAUUAAUGCACGGAUUGCGCUUAUAAUGGAAGAUAAAGCAAACAUCGAGCGACAGAUAAACGAACAAUUGGAAGAUAUAAAAAGAGAAAGGACAGAAAUGGAGCUCCGUUUAACUGAAUGGAUGGAAGAAGAGAGACGUCUUCUAGAAGAACGCAUCGCGAAACAUGUUAAGAAAGAAAGAAUCGCUUUAGAAGAGAGGUUAAAGUCUAGGUUAACUAAAAUAGAAGAACAAAGAAGAAAAAUGGAAGAGAAUAUAUCACAUAAUUUGGAAUGGCAUGAAGCAUUGCUGAGGUUAAAUGAACAAGAGAGUGGAGAAUUAGAUGUGGAUAUGAAGGAGAAUGAAAAAGAAGUAGAGAAGUGUUUGAAAGAAGUGGAGAACUUUAAACAAAUUUUUGAUGAAGGAAUCAAUGUUGUAUCAACGGAGGUAGAUUCUUUGAGUGGCAACAUUCUGAAUGUAGUCGGAGAAGUUAAGAGUAAAAUGAUGGAUGUUGUAAAAUGCGCCAAAGAUAAAGUUGAGAUGGAAACCAAGGAGAUGAUAGCAAACAACCAGCAAGCAUCGGAGCAGGUGUGCCACAAUGUGGAACUUGUCAUACAAACUGCGGCACUAAACUGCAACCAGGCCCUUACCUCAAUGCUAGAACAUAUAAAUUCAAACACCACUUGGACUAUAGAAGAAGUAUCCAGUGUAUGUACAAGUAGUGCCGCACUGGAGAAGUCCAGCAACAGCCAUCAGAUGACUCAGAGCGAGCGUCUCUCAGCAGCUCAGAGGGAGGCUGAGAACUUCUACUCUGCGCUGCGAGAGGAGAUGACUAGACAGGAGGAAGUGGAGGAGAAAUGUCUCAAAGAAGAGUACAAAGUUUACUCGCCUACUGGUGGUACACCUGCUCGUGCGCAGUACAACUACCCGCGCACUCUGCCCGCCACUUCACCGCACCAGAAACUGCUGGCUCGCUUCCGCGCUACACGACAGAACAACCGGAAUUAUGAUGAUGACUGCAUAAUGGUUGAAUCAGAGGAGACGCGAACACAAAGCGACUGUGAGUCGUCGAGCUCCGAGGACUCUGCUGUAGUGUUUGUGGCGCCUUCGCCCCCCGCCGACAGCGCACCCCCUGCACCCUCGCACCACCCCCCACUCGUCAAGUGCACCUCCGAGACUGACAUUUAUGUGCGACAGCGUCAACAACAGCAAUGUAAAGAGAACGCGAAUCGUUCUAUGAACUUCAAGAAACCAUCAAAAUUACCCGCACCUGCCUCCGGAAAGAAACCUCUCAGUGAACGGAACGGCUCCUGACAAACUACACAUUUAUAAUGUACACUAAUUGUAGUAUUAUGAGUACUUUUAUCAUGUUUUAUAUUGUUUAAUAAUAUAUUUUAUGUUAUUAAACAAAUUCGCAUAAAACCACCAUUUUACAUAACUUAUAUGUUGGCU